AUGCUAUACUACGCUAUGAUGGAUGAACUUCCGGGAGCGUUUGGCACCAGCGCUAGCUUAUCGCUUCGUUUGGGUCAGACCGUUUUUUCAUCUGCUUCUCUAUGCUUCAUGUGCUUGGACGUUGGUUUCUACUCCUUCACUUCUUUCUCGUUCUUGGUAACAGUAAUGGGUUUGGCAAUUCCCUGGAGCAUAACAUUGUUCUUGGUAGAUGCUUACUCCGUCUUCGUACAAUGUUUGCCGAUUCAACGAAGACUCAUAAUGAUAAUCGUUUUUGGAGACAUGGUUAUGUCGUAUCUUUCAUUAGCUGCAGCAUGUUCUGCAGCAAGUGUGACAGAUCUUCUGCGUGAAGCUGGUAGAUCACAUUGCCCUGCAAAGUUAUGUGGUAGAUAUCAAUUGUCUGCUGCUAUGGCAUUUUUGUCUUGGUUUCUUUCAUUAGCUUCAUGUCUUUUUAAUUUUUGGAUUUUACCUUCUUUGUAA